AUGAUGUUUUCGAAAAAUUUUAUUAUAUAUUUCUUUUCUCUUUUAUUUCUUUUGUUACACUGUAUGCAUGAUAUGCUCCAUAAAGAAAAUCUGAGGUUAGUAUUAGAAAGAAGAUACGUAAGGAUAUUAGCAGAAAACAAUAGAGAAGAUGAUAUUUGUAUAAAAACACAAAAUAAAGAGGAGGAUAGCCCCGAUGAAGUAUUAGAUAUGUUGAAUGAAUUUAUACAAAAAGUAGAAAAAGAGUGGGAAGAACUGAAUAAAAUGCAAAAAUUUAAAGAUUCUGAAUUAAAAUUAAUGUUAACUUAUGAAAUGUAUCUUUCAGCAUCAACAGAAGAAUACAGAGAAAAUCUUAGCGAAUAUAAUGAUCUUUUAGAUAUUGUACAGGCACAAAAUGAGGCUCCUCUGAAUGAAGUUAAUCAAAUGUUUUGUAAAUGGAAAAGCGAUCUUAAAGAUAGAAUAGUAGAAGGUAAAAUUAUUAAUUGGCAAAAUGUAGUAGAAGAUGAGUGGAAUCAAAUAAAGGAAAAAAAGAUGCAGAAUACUAAUGAUCGAAGUGAUAAGAUUAAACAAGCAUAUAAGGAUUGGUUAACAAUAAAAUUUCCUUCAUUCAACCACAAUUUUGAAUGGUAA